AUGGAAGGUGUCGUGACAACAACUUCAGUGAAAAUUGAACAGAACGACCAAAUACACGGGCCAUCGCCACCUCCAAACUUUGUACGACAAAAACCAGCGGAAGAUAGUUCUGUACCAGAAAAAGAUAGCUCUAAAGACGAGGCUAUUGUCCCAUUACCCGCUUCAGUACCAGGUUCAGCAACGGCAAUUGAAGUGAAACCAGAAUCUUCAGAAAAGAAACGAGACUCUGGAACAACAGUAAAACGCGAACGUCAAAACUCUCGCUCGAGGAUGCGCUCAAAUUCACGCAAUCGUCGACGCACAGUCUCGAGAAGUCGGUCUCCCAAAAAAUCAGGGCGUUCCUCACGACGUCAUAAACGUCGCUCUCAUUCAAGGACCUCCUCAAGUAGAAGUCCUUCUAAAAGCAGAGAUAGGCAUCGAAGAUCUCGAAGUCGUGGAGAGAAAAGCACUGCUGUUAGGAAUCGUUACAGUCGAGAGCGCAGUAUUAGCCGUGGUAGAAGAAGAAGAAGAGAUACCAGAGAUGAGCCUGAACCAAGUCGCGUAUUGGGGGUCUUUAAUCUGAGCCUUCGAACUGAAGAGCGAGACUUAAAACAUAUUUUCGAACAAUAUGGAAAAGUUAAUGAAGUUAUAAUUGUUUACGACCACAGGACUGAACGCUCUCGUGGAUUUGGUUUUGUCUACAUGGAUUCUAUUCAUGAUGCAUAUAAUGCAAAAGAUAAAACGAAUGGAAUGGAACUUAAUGGCAAGAAUAUGCGUGUCGAUUUUUCUUUAACGCGCAAGGCUCACACUCCAACUCCAGGGGAUCAUAUGUCUCUCGACGCGGUACAACGUAUCGGCGAUCACCCUCCUAUUCACCACCGCCACGCUAUCGCUCUAGAAGAAUUCGUUCGCGCACCCGCAGUCGUAGUUGGUCAAGGGGUAGAGCACGAUCACGGAGUCGCAGUUUUUCAAGGAGAAGGUCGCCUAGUCGAUCCAGACGUUCUCGAAGCUAUUCUUGAUACGAUAUAUAAAUG